CUGAUGGGCGCGCAGCUGAGCGCGGUGGCGGGGCGCGAGUCGAUGGUGUACCAGGUCGACACCCUCAAGGAGUCGGUGCCUGAGGCGGUCGAGCUGCUGGCCGACACGGUGCUGCGCCCCAAGUUCCUGCCGUGGGAGGUGGAGGAGGAGAAGGUGGCGGUCAAGCUCGAGCUGGACGACAUGGGCAACAACCCGCAGAUGCUGCUGCAGGAGCUGUCUCACACCGCGGCGUACGGGGCCCAGUCGCCGCUCGGCACGCCGCUCGCCGGCGGCCGCUUCUUGCCGCACCUCUCGCCCGAGGUGCUGGGCAAGUUCGUGGCCGAGCAGUACGUGCCCUGCCGGAUGGUGCUCUCCGCCGCGGGGUACGAGCACGAGGAGCUCGUCUCGCUCGCCGAGGCCUCCUUCGGCCACCUGCCGUCGGGCACGCCGCAGACGUCGCUCCCGUUUUCGUACGUCGGCGGCGAGGUGCGCGAGUCGGCGCAGCCGGCGGACGAGAUGACGCACUUCUCGCUGGCCUUCCACGGGUGCGGCUGGAAGGCGGAUGAGCUGGUCCCGCUCUGCGUCCUCAACACGAUGAUGGGCGGCGGCACCUCCUUCUCGGCGGGCGGCCCCGGCAAGGGCAUGUACACGCGCCUCUUCACAAACAUCCUCAACCAGCACGCCUUUGUGACGGCGGCGUCCGUCUUCAACUCGUUCUACAACGACACCGGCAUCUUUGGCAUCUACGGCGCCACCACGCCCGAGGCAAUGGGCCAGCUCGUCGCCGUCAUCUGCGACCAGGCCAACAAGAUGGGCUCCGACAUCUCUGCCGAGGAGCUCGGCCGCGCCAAGAACCAGCUCAAGUCGUCGCUGCUCAUGAACCUCGAGUCACGGCCAAUCCUGCUUGAGGACAUCGGCCGCCAGCUCCUCACCUACGGCGCGCACACCCCGCCGCUCGAGCUCGUCGACCGCAUCGACAAGGUGACCGCCGCCGACCUCGCAAACGUCACGAAAAAGAUCACCUCCUCGCCGCCCUCCGUCGCCGUCUACGGCGACACGACCUCGGUCCCGCGGUACGACCUGAUUGCGAAGCAGUUCAACUAGAUCGUCGGUGUCGGCCAGACAGAGCGCGGGCCAUCGCCACACCCAGGUCCCACAGAGAGAACUCCCCAGCAGGCUGUCCACCAUAUUCCUACGUGCAUUUCGUAUCGGAGGCGUCCGUGCUUGUGUGCAGACAGCGACAGCGUUCGCGCUCCUCUUAAUUUAAGAAUGCUGGUGCCAGUCGGCACUCUCCCCUC